AUGUAUUGUUUAGAGAGUAACACGUGUUCUCCACUUUAAGCGGUUACCAAUUCGUUUCCGCCAUUGCUGCUUGCAUCUCGAUCUUCUCUCAUGGAGGAAGACGAUUCUCUUAAUCCCACUGCUCCGGGUUUCAUUCCGAUGAAUCCGAUUGUUGUUGAGCAACAUGCCAAUCCAUAUUUUCUUCAUCACUCUGAUAACACCAGCCUAGUUUUGGUUUCUGAUCUCUUGACUGAUGAAAAUUACACCUCGUGGAGUCGAUCUAUAGUUAUUGCUCUUACAGUAAAAAACAAAAUAGGUUUUGUUGAUGGUUCGAUUUCUCGUCCCACUGAUGGUAGGCUGCAUUCUUGGAUUAUAUGCAACAAUGUCGUAAUCUCAUGGAUUUUCAAUUCAUUGUCCAAGAAAAUCUCUGCUAGUGUGCUCUUCUCUGAUUCUGCUCAUGAAAUUUGGCUAGAUCUCAAAGAGCGAUUUCAACGCCAGAAUCGUCCCCGCAUAUUUCAACUCCGCAGAGAAUUAUCGAAUCUUACUCAAGAUCAACUCUCCGUCACUGCUUAUUUCACUCGAUUGAAGACACUUUGGUCUGAAUUAGCUUUGUAUCGACCUGCGUGUUCUUGUGGUCGGUGCUCCUAUGGUGGCGUGAAAUCUAUUGAAGCGCAUUAUCAGCAAGAGUAUGUUAUGGCUUUUCUGAUGGGCUUAAACGUGUCUUUCAGCCAAAUUAGAGCUCAACUUCUUCUGAUGGAGCCCGCGCCUACAAUCAACCGUGCCUUUGCCCUAGUUGCACAGGAAAUGCAGCAACGAUCUAUUUCGUUGCCCUCUGUUACUUCACCUACUGCUUCGGCUGUACGCGCAACUUCAAAUUCCUCGAAUUCUCGCUUGAAUUCUUCAUCGGCAUCUCACAUGAAACGAAAGGAUAAAUCGCUAUGCACUCAUUGUGGUAUCUACGGUCAUACCGUCGAUAAAUGCUAUAAGUUACAUGAAUAUCCCCCUGGAUAUCGUUCAUCUGUGCAUAAAACCACAUCUUCGAAUGCCACAUCUUCACGGUCUGCUGAAGCUCCGUCCAAAUCUGUAUCGGCUACACCUUCAGGGAUUUCUAAUUCUCUUGCUACACUUACUGCUGAUCAAUGCCAGAGGCUUCUCACUUUGCUUCAAUCACACUUAACCACUACCAAAACUGCUUCUGAUAAUGAUUCUGGAACUUCUCAUGUGGCAGAAACACAGUUCGGAAAAACAAUCAAGAGAUUCAGGUCUGAUAAAGCUCCGGAGUUAUCUUUUGUUGAGUUUUUUCACUCCAAAGGGGUUCUUCAUCAGUUUUCUUGUGUAGGAUGCCCUGAGCAAAAUUCAGUCGUUGAAAGAAAACACCAGCACCUUCUUAAUGUAGCCCGUUCCUUGUAUUUUCAGUCUCGGGUUCCAACUGCUUUCUGGGGUGAAUGUGUGCUUACUGCUGCUUACUUAAUUAAUCGCACUCCAACGCCUGUUCUUGACUGGAAUACUCCUUAUGCUCGUUUAUAUGGACACUCAGCGGAUUAUUCUUCUUUAAAAGUGUUUGGCUGCCUAUGCUUCGUGUCUACCUCUCCAGUCAAUCGUUCUAAAUUUCAUCCACGAGCCCUUACAUCAGUUUUUGUUGGAUAUCCACCGGGGAUGAAAGGAUAUAAGCUUUAUGACAUUGAGAAUAAGCGGUUUUUUGUGUCCAGAGAUGUGAUUUUCCAUGAAUCCAUAUUUCCAUUUCAUACAGUAUCAGUUAACUCUCCGAUUGUUGAUCCUUUUCCGGGUGUGGUGAUACCAAAGUCUUAUGAUUUGGUUGAUACUUCUUCUGGUGCACCUGAUGAUCAUCACAAUUAUGCUACUGGUUCUGCUGUUUCUCCUACUAGUGCUGAUAUUUCACCUACAGUGGUUAUACCUGAUGGUUCUCCUAUUAUGGUUGCUAAUGAAUCUGAUGCCAAUGGUUCUCCUAUUCUGGUUGCUAAUGAGUCUAAUAUUAUGCCUAAUAUUGUUGAGAACUCUUUGAUAAAUCCAUUGGACACUGAUGUUGCCAAUGUUGAUUCUGCUGUCGUUGUUCCAUGUUCUGAUCCUUCAGACUCUGUUACUCUUCGACGAUCAUCUCGUGUAGCACAACGACCGUCCUAUUUACGAGACUAUCAUUGUGGACUUAUUCAAGCCACUGAUCACUCUGCUUCUUCAGUUUUUUAUCCCUUGCAGAAAUAUUUGGACUACAACAACUUGUCUGCCUCUUACAAAGAGUUUGUCCUAAGUGUAUCUUGUGAUUAUGAGCCUCAAUUCUAUCACCAAGCUGUCCCAUUUUCCCAUUGGCGAGAGGCGAUGCGUGCUGAAUUACAUGCUAUGGAGGCUAAUCAUACUUGGUCCGUGGUACCUCUUCCUUAUGAACAUCAUUCCAUUGGGUGCAAGUGGAUAUACAAGGUCAAACAUAAGUCUGAUGGCUCUAUUGAGCGUUACAAAGCCCGGUUAGUCGCCAAAGGCUAUACUCAACAGGAAGGUCUCGAUUAUAUUGAAACAUUUUCUCCAGUAGCAAAGUUAGUUACCGUUAAGGUUUUGCUUACCCUUGCUGUUUCUUUCAACUGGACUCUUGUCCAACUUGAUGUUAACAAUGCAUUCUUGCAUGGCGACUUAUUUGAGGAAGUAUAUAUGGAUCUUCCUCUAGGCUAUAAACAUGGAGUUGUUCCUAAACAGGGGAGAAACUUGUCUGCCGGCUUCAUAAGUCUAUCUAUGGACUCAAGCAAGCUUCACGACAGUGGUUUGGCAAAUUUUAUCGAUCUCUAUUGCUUCUUGGUUUUACACAAUCCAAGUCAGACUACUCUUUAUUUGUUAGAGGUUCGGGUGAUACCUUUAUUGCACUUCUUGUGUACGUAGAUGAUAUCAUCAUUACCGGGUCGUCUUCAUCUCUGAUUAAUUCAUUGAAGACACAUCUUAACGAUGUUUUUUGCCUAAAAGAUUUAGGUGAUUUAAGGUAUUUUUUAGGCCUUGAACUAGCCCGUUCCUCCACUGGCAUUUCCUUGUGUCAACGUAAUUAUACUCUGCAAUUGGUUGAGGAUUCUGGUCUUUUGGCAUCUAAACCAACCUCUCUGCCUAUGGAUCCUUCUAUUAGAUUGUCUUCUUCUGAUGGUGAUUUGUUGACAGAUCCUACUUCAUAUCGGCGACUUAUCGGACGCUUGUUAUAUCUCACUAUCUCGCGACCCGACAUCACUUUUGCUGUACAUAAGUUGAGCCAAUAUGUUGCUCACCCACGACAGUCUCAUCUCUCUGCAGCACAUUAUCUUGUUCGUUAUUUAAAGGGGACUCCUGAUCAAGGACUUUUUCUAAGUCGUUCUGAGUCUUUUUAGUUACGCGCAUUCUCUGAUGCUGACUGGGCAUCUUGUCUUGACUCUCGGAAAUCCACUACUGGGUUCUGCAUUUUUUGGGUGAUUCCAUGGUUUCUUGGAAAGCUAAAAAACAGACCACUAUUUCUCGAUCCUCGGCUGAGGCUGAGUAUCGAGCCCUUGCUGCCACUACUAGCGAAAUUAUUUGGCUCACUUACCUCUUGGGUGACUUACAAGUUCCGCUUCGUUCUCCGGCUCUCCUUUUUUGUGAUAACCAGGCGGCUAUUCACAUUGCUUCCAAUCCGGCAUUUCAUGAGCGGACGAAACACAUUGAGCUGGACUGCCAUUUUGUACGGGAUAAGAUUGUUGAUGGGCUUAUCAAACUCUUACCUGUUCGUGCUGCACUUCAAUUAGCAGACUUGUUCACUAAAGUUCUCCCAGUUCCUUCUUUUACUCUUUUACUGUCCAAGAUGGGAAUUAUUGAUGUACACUCUCCAUCUUAAGGGGGAGUACUAGAUUAGUUAGUUACAUAUAGUGUAUUAGUUAAUUUCAUAUGUAAUUGCUUGUAUACAGUUGGGUGGUCUAUAUAUAGACCAGUCUUUUAUUAAUAAAGAUAUGCAAGUUUAAUUUA